CCUCCCGGCCGGCAGUGGGCGGGCACAGCCGGCAGCCUCGGCCCCUUCCGAGAGCGACUUUCAAACUCGCGCCCGCGUCGCCGCGUCACCCGGCAGCUCCGCGCGCCGCGCCGGUCCGGAGUCAGCGGGGUGGCCGCCGAUCGAAUCUCCCUGAAGUGCCCCCACCAGGCAGCAAUGCCAGGAUGCCCGUCUCUGCCACCCUUCACCCAGAUGGCAGCCAGGAGCGGCCAUUGAGCCUGAUGUCCACCACCUCCUCUGGCUCCUCCCGUGACAGCCACAGCACCAUGGAGGAGCCCACCGUCCCUGAGGCUUCUGCCCAGAAUGGGGUGGGCUCCCCAUGUGGCCGUCAUUCCCCCAACAUCAACAACAACUCCAGCAGCUGGAUGAACGGGAAGGGGUCCCUGUCCCCAUUCAACAGCCGGGCAGCGGGACCUGUCCACAAGCUCAGCUACUUGGGCCGAGUGGUGCGGGAGAUCGUAGAAACGGAGCGUAUGUAUGUGCAGGACCUGCGCAGCAUCGUGGAGGACUACCUCUUGAAGAUCAUUGACACCCCUGGGCUGUUGAAACCAGAGCAAGUCAGUGCCCUCUUCGGGAACAUAGAGAGCAUCUAUGCGCUGAACAGCCAACUACUAAGAGACCUGGACAGCUGCAAUAGUGACCCAGUGGCUGUGGCCAGCUGCUUUGUGGAGAGGAGCCAAGAGUUUGAUAUCUACACUCAGUAUUGCAACAACUACCCAAACUCCGUGGCCGCCCUGACGGAAUGUAUGCAGGACAAGCAGCAGGCCAAGUUCUUCCGGGACCGGCAGGAGCUGCUGCAGCACUCGCUGCCCUUGGGCUCCUACCUGCUGAAGCCAGUCCAGCGCAUCCUCAAGUAUCACCUGCUGCUCCAGGAAAUUGCUAAACAUUUUGAUGAGGAAGAGGAUGGCUUUGAAGUGGUGGAAGAUGCCAUUGACACCAUGACCUGCGUGGCAUGGUACAUCAAUGACAUGAAGAGGAGACAUGAGCAUGCAGUCCGGCUCCAGGAGAUUCAAUCGCUGCUCAUCAACUGGAAAGGGCCAGACCUAACCACCUAUGGGGAGCUUGUCUUGGAGGGCACGUUCCGUGUGCACCGAGUGCGAAAUGAGAGAACUUUCUUCCUGUUUGACAAAAUACUGCUCAUCACCAAGAAGCGGGGCGAUCACUUUGUCUACAAGGGUCACAUCCCGUGCUCCUCACUGAUGCUGAUCGAAAGCACCAGGGAUUCCCUGUGCUUCACCGUCACCCACUACAAGCACAGCAAGCAGCAGUACAGUAUCCAGGCCAAGUCAGCAGAGGAGAAACGAAGCUGGACUCAUCACAUCAAGAGGCUCAUCCUGGAGAAUCACCAUGCCACCAUCCCUCAGAAGGCCAAGGAAGCCAUCUUGGAAAUGGACUCCUAUUAUCCCACUCGGUACCGCUGUAGCCCAGAGAGACUGAAGAAGGCUUGGUCCUCCCAGGAUGAGGUGUCCACCCAUGUGCGGCAGGGGCGCCGGCAAUCUGAACCAACCAGACACCUGCUGAGACAACUGAAUGAGAAAACAGCCAAAGCAGCAGGAAUGAAGCAUGCAGGCAGCGCCGGCGCCCUCCUGGACUUUGAGCAGGUAUCCCAUAUGCAGAGUCUACAACCAGAGGCUGAGGGGGCUGCCCCAGAGGAGGAGGAGCAGGAGGAGGAGGAACAGGAGGACGAAGAGCGACAGGAGGAAGAAGAGGAGGUGGUAGAGGAAGAGGAGGAGGAAGAAGAGGAGCAGGCUUCUCCCGCCUCUCUGGAGGACCUGGCAGGGCAUGAAGGCAGAGAGAAGGUGCCCCAGCCAGAGCCCCCAGGCUUGGAGGCAGAGGAGGAGGAGGAGGAGGUGGAGGAGGAGAGUCUGGCAGUGGAGGAGCAGGUAGCCGACUUCGCCAGCUCCCUGCUGGCCGCCCUCCACUGCUGGCACUAUCGGGCCAACGCUUUACUUUUCUCCCGGGGUGCUAUGGGGAAAGAACACAGGGAGUCUGAAGGCUCCAAGAGCAGCAAAAGGCCCAGCAACCAGUCCCCAACCAGUGCUGAGAAGAGCAUGAGUUUUGAGCCGGUCUCUUCCCUUCCUGAAGUUGAGCCAGACCCUCAUCCUGGGACUGAGCAGGAGGUCCAGGAGGUCUUUGCUGCCACGGAAGGUCCCAGCACCGAGGAGUUGCCUUCAGAUCCAGAUUCUCUGGAACACCUCAACACACAGCUUAAUGCCCACUCAGCUGACAUGGUGGACUUUGUGGUGGCUGAGAGCACUGAGGACCUUAAGGCUCUAAGCAGUGAGGAGGAGGAAGAGGAGGAAAUGGGAGCAACCCAGGAGCCUGAAAGUCUCCUGCCACCUUCCGUAUUGGACCAGGCCAGUGUCAUUGCUGAGCGGUUUGUCAACAGUUUUUCUCGGCGGAGCAGCCUGGCACUGGACGAGGGUAAGAACAGUGGCUUUGGGACGCCGCGGCUGGUUAGCCGGAGCAGCAGUGUGCUCAGCCUAGAGGGCAGUGAAAAGGGCCUGGCUCGGUGGGGCAGCACCACGGACUCCCUCAUCAACCAUCCUACCCCAGAAGUGGACAUGAACGAGGGGGUGGCCACAGAGAGUGGCCCUUCUGUCCAUGGGACGGAGCCCCCAAACACAGCCUGUGGAGUAGAGCCUGAUAGACCUUCCUGCAAGAAGGAAUCCGCGCUCUCCACCCGAGAUAGACUAUUACUGGACAAAAUUAAGAGCUACUAUGAAAAUGCAGAGCACCAUGACGCAGGCUUCAGCAUCCGGCGCAGGGAGAGUCUCUCUUACAUCCCCAAAGGACUGGUGAGAAGCUCAGUGUCCAGGUUCAACAGCCUUCCCAAGCCAGAACCAAAGCCAGCAGCUCCGGUGGAGUACAAGAGACAAGGUGGCUCCCGGCCAGCCUCAUGGGUCCUGUUUGAUCUCCCAGGACCUAUGCAGGCUGGCCCAGGGGACCCAGCUCCGGUCACGGAUGCUGAGUUUCAGCCGUCUUCAGAAAUUGUGAAGAUGUGGGAGAGGAUGGAGUCUUCGCAGAGGAGCCCUCGGGUGGGGCCAGGGCAGGGCCAGGCCAACGGCUUUGAGCUGCAGGAGCCACUCUUCAUCCUGGAGGAACACGAGCUGGGAGCUAUCACGGAGGAGUCGGCUGCUGCCUCCCCAGAAAAUGCCUCACCCACCGAGAAACACAGCCCAGCCCACCUGGCCCGGGAGCUCAAAGAGCUGGUCAAAGAGCUGAGCAGUAAUGCCCAGGAAGAUGUGGUCACCCCAUUGCACCCCCGCAUUGUGCAGCUCUCCCAGGUGAUGGACAGCCAUGUGAGUGAGCGGGUCAAGAAUAAGGUCUACCAGCUGGCCCGCCAAUACAGCCUCCGGAUUAAGAACAUCAAGUCAGUGACCACCAGGCCACCACUGCAGUGGGCAAAGGACGUUCCUGGAAGAGAUGGGACGAGCCCCACCAUCCCCUACCUGCAGGAGGAGUCUAAGGAGCCUUCACGUGGCAAAGGCAAGAGGAAGCCCAGGCUGUCCCUCAGCUAUGAGCAGCUGGUGGCCCAGGAAUACAGUCCCCCCAGGUCCUCUGCCACGGAGACAUCACCACGCCGUUUUUCCUUCAGCCCUUCUUCAGUCAGCCCGAGAACCACCUCACCUGGGCCCUGGCCCUCCACACGGAGCCCCCUCAGUCCCUUCGACACUGAAACCUUCAACUGGCCAGAUGUUCGAGAGCUCUGCUCCAAGUACGCUUCCCACGAUGAGGCUGUCCAGGCUGGGGGCAGCUGGUCUCGUGGCCCACCAGUCAACAGGAGCCGCUCGUUACCCGAGAGCAUGGUGGAGCCUCUUCUGUCAGGCAGGGUGGGCCGCUGUCGUAGCCUGAGUACUAAGAGGGGACGGGGAGGUAGAGAGAGUUCCCAGUCCCUGGCUCCUAGGUUACCCCAAAGUGUACUGAAUGGAGGUGAAACCCUGUAUGUCACUGCAGACCUUACCCUGGAGAACAACCAUCGGGUGAUUGUCAUGGAGAAGGGGCCUGUUCUCAGCUCCUCUGUGGGGCUGGAGGAGGAGGGCAGUGGACAGGAACAAGCCUCCCCAGGAGCCAUAGUAGAGCAGGGCCAAGAUUUCCAGGAGUUUGUAGAAUCCUGGCCAAAGGAAGAAGGGCCCAGGGACCCAGGGGACCCAAGCAAGCAGGGCAGAGUAAGAAACCUGAGAGAAAAAUUCCAGGCCUUGAACUCUGUGGGUUGACCAACUCCUGUGGGAAGGGAGGACCUUGCUGGGAUGGGGUGGAAGCUGGCAUACCUCCCCCAGGUCUGGGCUCACUUGAGCCCAGGCCAGGGCCUCACAAAGGCCAUCCCUUCUCUUCUUGGAAGGCCAUCCAUCCCUCUUGUUCUUGGAAGAGGGCUGUAGCAUGUACCCAUGGACUCAGCCUUCCAUGCAUGCUAUGUGCUGGCACUGCACUUCCUUGGGGCCUGUGACAACUUUCCUCAGGCCCAGAUGAACUGUUGUUUUCCAUGGACACCUUUGCCUCCGCUUCCCUUGUAAAUAGGCCUUUCUGGUAAGGAACCAAAUAUUUAAGCUCAUAUCUGACCAGAGAGAGCAAGCGCUGCCCAGGCCUCCAGCACUGGCUGGCCACUCCCGGUCUAAGGACCUAUGAAAGAGACCCAAGAAGUGGACUGGACAGGUUUUACUUUUAAACUGUACCUUUUCUUAGGACUCAGGUGAGAAUGAGGCCAAUAAUUUAUUGCUUUCCAUCCUGUGGUGUGUGUGUGUGUGUGUGUUUGUGUGUGUGCAAGUGUGUAUCCUCCUAUUGGUUAUCCUCCCCCUCCCCCCUCUCCACCCCUUCCCCUUCCUGUGAAGAAUGUAAUGGACUUAGUUCAGGUACUUUUGAAAGUUGUUGCUAAUGUACACACAUUUCAUUAUUUGUCAAUGGUGCAAUAACCACUGCUGACCAACUGA